AUGAGUCGGGCGAUGUGGUUAUGGCGUGGGGGUUUAAGGCUGAAUUUAGGUUUGGUGUUUUGGAGGCAAGGUCUAGUUUCAGGGAAAAAUCUAUUCACAGCCAAUGUAUGGAAAAAAUUAAGCACAUGCAUGGAUUUUUGGUGUAUUACUUUUACAGGUGGUAAAGUUUCCUACCAUUUUUUCGCACCAAGCUCGACAGGUACAGUCUAUGAUCCAGUACUGCGCUAA